UCCACAGACUUUUUCAUAUGGAGGACUAAUGAAAUGUUUCCAAAAGUUAGAAUCCACACCAUGGUGUGUGUUAUGGUUAUUAUUAUGGCCUUUGUGGUACUGGAGCAAACAUCAGGAGUAGAGAUCCUAGACUGCGGUCCAGGUACCCCCCUAGUAGUGGAAGAAACAACAAAACAUUUUGAUAUCAACUGCAUAAACAUCCAUCAAGGUUUCGAGGUCUUCUGGUACUUGAACUGGACGCAAGAUAACGGUCCCAUGCACAUGAAGGUAGUACAUUGUUUCAGAAAGACUUUGUGCUUAAAAUAUCUGCCGUACGUUGGAGUACAGAGAACGCCAUACACAGUUGCACUGGACAUUGCGGGCUUCAUCAAGUUUUUUCACCUCACUCGAGUCACGUGCACAGAACGCAGCCGGUACGGCACUCAGGAAAAUAGCUACACCUGUGAUAUAAUCAUAAAAAGUGUUAAUGGACACAGAAAUCACAAAGAGUGACUUUGAUUUGGGGGUUAAGACCUCAGUUGACUUACUGGUAGAUGAACGAUGGUCCGACGACUUCGCCAAAAAAUGAAGAUCAAUCAGUCAUGUUAUGUGAUUUGGAUGCUCUGUUUUUAUCCUACCUGUGUGAAGUUUAUUAAUAAUUAAGUUAAUUAAUGCUCAUUUUAGGACUAUAUCUUACUAAUUUUCAAUAUCAGUUGAGAAAAACAUAACGACUUAGGUAAGAAGGAAAAAUCAUUUCAUCCAACAGUUUAUCAAUUUGCUGAAGAGCAUUUCCAUGGUAUUUUUGUUCUAAUAUGCCUUAAAAAAAGUAAAUGAAAGGUUAAUAAAUUAACUUUGAUAAAAGCCUUGAAAAUGUGUUCCUUUACUUUUAGGAAAUAUAAAAUAAAAACACACUGUAAAGUAAUUGUCAAUAUUAAAAAUACCAAAAUCAGUCUCUCCCAACUUGAACUCUCUUUUGGUAGUUACAGCAUAAAAAAAUACUUGUUUAAAUGUAAAAAUCAAAUGUACAAUACAUAUUUUUACUUGCGAUUAAUAUGAUAGCUUGAUAAAAUUUAUAUAAUAAUAUAUAGAUAACGAAUUUAUUUAGCACUAAUUACCUAUUGAUAUAGAUACCGCAGACUAUUAACAUUUCAAUAGUAAUACCACUGAAUGAGAUAAAGCAAACAUGAUUACAGAAGUAAUAAUAAUAUAUGACAUUUUAAUUGUUCGAAAUUAUUUUCUUAAGCAUAACAACUAUGUAAUGAGCUAGGUAAACCGUAAUCUAUCUGAUUUAACAGAGAAAAAGGUGUUAGCUUUUUUGUUUGACUGCUUGCGUGCAUUUGUCUGUGAUUGAUAACCGACUGAAUGACUAAUUCACUUACUCACCUUUUCAUCCACACCACUUAUCUCCCAAUCCAGCGAUCAAGCUAUAUUAAAUUUUUAAUACAGACGAUUUGAUAGAAAUAAACUUUCGACGUGUUUAUCAACAUUAUCCUUAUAAACAAAGGGCAGCAAUCUCACUCCACACGAUACAGGUUUGGUUGCCGCCCAGACCGACAUGAAAUGUUUGCGUUUUUCUUCAACGACCGGUAGAUAUAGGCGAUA